CAAGUUUUCUUGAUUUCCGUGACGUUUUCCGGGUGUUCACUCUCUUUUUUCAUCAUGUUGCCCGUAAUGAACCGGUUCGGACGCAUCGCGCUAGCCGUGGUUGCAGUCCUGUUUGUCUUCGUCCUGCUGCUGUCUUACCAGGCGCCCGACAGCUUCAGGGCCAGUCUACCGAGCACAGAUUCGCUAUGGUCCAAAGGGAGCACCACCCAGGCCUCUGCGACACCAACGCCUACACCCAUCGAGGAGGAGGAAGAGGAGGAGGUUGAUCCCAACAGGGACAUUUCGUACGACCUGACCAGGCCACCAACCGCCGGCUGCGAGGACCUUGUCAACGACCUUCAGCAGCGAAUCAUCCAGACCUACCAGAAGCGAUUCAAGGGUAUUCGCUAUGCCAACAUCUGGGGAUACCUCGAGACCGAGAACAAGGGAGAUGCCGCCAUCUGGUCCGCCCAACAGAUCCUCCUCAGCAUUCUCGGCAUUGAGACUAUGGAAGCUUGCCGCUUCAUGCAUCAGGGAUGUGACAUGGAGAAGUUUCGCAACCGACUCGAGGAGCACCGCCCGCACUCGGCCAUCAUCAUGGCUGGCGGCGGCAACUUUAACGAUUACUACUGGGAGGACCAACCGUCGCGCAUGAAGAUGAUCUCGACCUUUACCAACGUCUCCGUCCGCGCCUUUCCUCAGAGCAUCUUUAUGAACAACCCCGAGAGGAUCAACCUUACUCACGUCGCCUUCAAGAAGCACCACGACCUUCAGCUUGCCGCCCGUGACAAGCCCAGCUACGAUUGGCUUCUUGACAACUUUGGCCAGACCGAUGGUAUUGACAACGAUCUUAUUCCGGAUAUCGCCUUUAUGUGGGGGAACCGAUCAGACUUCCGAGUCAACACGCCCAAGACCCACGACAUCCUCAUUCUUGCAAGAAAGGACGCCGAGAUCUCUGCGGGCGACUCCGCCAUGAUCCCCUUUGGUGAAGGCCGCAUCGACCUGGGCGGCGCCGUGGGCAACGUCACAUACCGCAAGGUGGACUGGAAGUUUACCGAGACGCCCGACAUUGACAACAAGGACAACCGAGAGCGAGGCAAGAACCAGCGAGCGUGGGCCAAGUCGAUGGCCGGCUUCGACCUCCUCGGAUCGGCUCGCUUCGUCAUCACGGACCGUCUGCACGGCCACAUCCUGUCGACCGUCAUCGGAGUGCCUCAUGUGCUGAUGGACAGCAAGCUGGGCAAGAACCUCAACUUUCACAACACGUGGACGCGCGACUGCAAAUGCACGCGCAUCACCAAGAGCAUCCAUUCGGCGUUUGACGUGGCGCGCAUGUUUUUCGAGCAAGAGCUGAACCAACCAAGUUCAUGAUUUGACCUAAAAAGCUUGAUUCCAUGUAUCACCUUGUAAUCUGACAAGCUGGUCCAUCGGUUGUGUAUUAAAAAGAAUUGCAUGUUGGUCCCGAGCUGGCUGGGGUUAUUUCUUGUUACAACUACGGAGGUCUCUCUCAAAAGUUUUGUCCAGGAGCUAAUAGCGCCAAGGCCGCUUAUCCCUGUCGGUACCUGAGGUACUUUGGAGCAAAUCUUUUCAGUUACUUACUCCCUAAAGCUAUAGGGAGGGCUAUUGGAGCCCAGGGGGAAAUCUAGUGAAGCUUAGAGAGCUAUAUCCUUAGAAGAUAGGGGCUUCAAAAGCAAAGAAAGAGGACCAUAAGUACCGAUGU